AUAAAGAGAAAAUACUUGCUAUCUAAAUCAUGCCCUUUUGUUGUAUGCUCAGUUAUAUUAACAGGUUACAUGGAUGAAGAACUUGCAAAAAAAUCUUGUUCCAAAAUCCAGAUUCUAAAAAGUGGAGGCACUGCAAGGUCUCAGAAUAGCCGAGAAGAAAACAAGGAAACACUAAAGAAUGACAUCAUAUUUACAAAUUCUGUUGAAUUCUUGAAAUCAACACACAUAAAGGAGCCAGAAAGAGAAGGAAAAGGCACUGAUUUAGAGAAAGACAAGAUAGGAAUGGAGAUCAAGAUAGACAGUGACGCUAGAAUACCAAAAAGACAGGAAACCCAACUAAAAAUCAGUGAGAUGAGUGUACCAAAAGGACAGGGAGCCCAAAUAAAGAAGAGUCUGUCAGGUGUUCCAAGAGGACAGGAGUCCCAAGUAAAGAAGAGUGAGUCAGGUGUACCAAAAGGACAAGAAGCCCAGGUAACUAAGGGUGGGUUGGUUGUACUGAAAGGACAGGAAGCCCAGGUAGAGAAGAGUGAGUUGGUUGUACUGAAAGGACAGGAAGCCCAGGUAGAGAAGAGUGAGAUGGGCGUGCCAAGAAGACAGGAAUCUCAAGUAAAGAGUGAGUCGAGUGUACCAAAAGGACAAGAAGCCCAGGUAACGAAGAGUGGGUUGGUUGUACUGAAAGGACAGGAAGCCCAGGUAGAGAAGAGUGGGUUGGUUGUACUGAAAGGACAGGGAGCGCAGGUAGAGAAGAAUGAGAUGGGUGUGCCAAGAAGACAGGAAUCCCAAGUAAAGAAGAGUGAGUUGGGUGUCCCAAAGGGACAAGAAGCCCAGGUAAAGAAGAGUGAGUCAGUUGUACUGAAAGGACAGGAAGCCCAGGUAGAGAACAGUGAGUCGAAGGUACCAAAAGGACAAGAAGGCCAAAUAGAGAACAGUGAGGCAGAUGUGCCAAAGGAACAGGAGGUCCAAGAAAGGAAGAGUGAGGCAGGUGUACUGAAAGGACCAGAAUCCCAAGUAAAGAACACUGAAGCGAGCGUACCAGAAACACCGGAAUCCCAACUAAAGAAGAGUGAGUCAGGCAUACUAAAAGGACAGGAAGCCCAAGAAAAGAAGGAGAGUUCUGAGGAUAAAGGAAAUAAUGAUAAAGAAAAGGAGAGAGAUGCAGGGAAAGAUCCAGGUAAAGAAGAAAAAGGUGAUAAAAACACAAAAGGUGACAAAGGAAAGGACAAAGUUAAAGGAAAGCGAGAAUCAGAAAUCAGUGGUGAAAAACCAAAAGGCUCAAAAAGGGCGAAGGCAAGUAAAGGAAAGAAGUACAACAAAAAAGCGGAAGAGUAAGGAUAUGUUUUUUAAAGGCCCAUAAGACAAGUGAUUAUUAUGAUUCCCAUCCUCCAGAUACAAAACAUAUCCCAGCCAUUGCCUAAACAGAUUAUAAUUAUAAAAUCCCUUUCAUCUUCAUAUCCCAGAUUCUGCUCUUCAGAAGUGACACCCUUUUUAAUCUCUCAGUCACAAACCUCAGUUUCCAAAUAUUUGUUUUAUAAGUUAAUACGUAUAUGAUUCCGUCAAGAAAGACUGGAUACUUUCUGAAGUAAAACAUUUUAAUUAAAGAAAUAUAUAGUAA